UCGUCCGCCUACAGCAGGUACUGUGGCGCCUGCCCGCGCCGCCGCACGGAGCCCCUUCCCGCCGCCUCGCUCCUCCCCAAGAUGGCGGCUGCGGCGCUGCUCCGGGGCGCGGCUUCAGGGCGCAGCGGCCUAGCCUGGCACUGGAGGCUGCGCGCGGCCCCGAGGCGCCGCCUGGCUCAAGGUUCCUGCUCUCAGAGUGGUGACCCCGCGGGCGGUACGGCCUGGGCCUACUUCCUGCUGGGCGAGCGCGCCCUGGUACGCGUGCGCGGGCCGGACUCGGCGCCCUUUCUCCUGGGUCUGCUGACCAAUGAGUUGCCGCUUCCGGGUCCCGCUUCGGCCGUGGCGCGCGCGGGCUACGCCCACUUUCUUAACGUCCAGGGACGCACACUCUAUGACGUCAUUCUCUACGGGCUUCCUGAGCACUCCGAUGAGCAGCCUACCUUCCUCCUGGAGUGUGACAGCUCAGUGCUGGAUGCGCUGCAGAGGCACCUGGUGCUGCACAGGAUCCGGCGGAAAGUCACGGUGGAGCCAUGCCCUGAGCUACGUGUGUGGGCUGUGCUGCCCUGUGCCCCUGAGGAGGCUGGCAGGUCUGUGCCCCUGCAGGAGAAGGCCCAGUGCACCACCAUCCUCACCCGUGAUCCCCGGACUGCCCGCAUGGGCUGGCGGCUUCUCUCCCAGGAUGAGGGCUCUGCCCUGGUGCCCGGGGGCCGACCUGGGGACCUCCAGGAUUAUCACCGACACCGGUACCAGCAAGGUGUUCCCGAAGGGGUCCACGACCUGCCCCCAGGAGUGGCCCUACCUCUGGAGUCCAACCUGGCCUUCAUGAAUGGCAUCAGCUUCACCAAGGGUUGCUACAUUGGCCAGGAACUGACGGCCCGCACCCACCAUACAGGUGUCAUCCGAAAACGCCUCUUCCCAGUACAGCUCUCAGGCCGCCUCCCUGUGGGCAGCAUUGCUCCUGGCACCUCUGUGCUCACUGAGUCCGGGCAGGCAGCUGGCAAGUAUAGGGCAGGCCUGGGGGAUGUGGGGCUGGCUCUGUUGCGGACUGAGAAAAUCAAGGGUCCUCUCCACAUCAGAACCUCUGAGAGUGGCCUGGUAGCUCUAACUGCAUCUGUGCCAGACUGGUGGCCCACAGCCACCAAGUAGCCCUAGGUGUUCCUGCACUCCUGCACAGGGCCUCUGUCCAUGUGCACUCUGUAAGCUGGCCUCCACUUCCCAGGGUGACCCAGUUGAACAGACACAUUUUGGAGGGUCCCAAGUGUAUAUGGGCUUCCCAGGGCUGUAGGCAUGGAGGGGCAAGCUACUGCAACCCAGGUGUCUUCAGCCCAUCGUGCUUCCUAUGGAGGGUUCAAAGCAUGGGAGUCCCUCCACCCUGGAGGCUCUGUGGCUGAAGCAUCUGGAGCCCCAGCUUCCAUCAGACCCUGGAUGAGAUUCCAGACCAUAUAGGUCUGGAGGUUGUUCAUCCAUCAGCCAAAGAGUGGAUGACUAGGAUGCCUCUGGCCUGCUCACACCCCUCUGAGCCUGCUUAGGUGGGCCUGGGAAAGAGGCAUCUCAGUGUCCGAGGGGCUCAAGAGGUGAGUGGGCUCUGGGAAUUGUCUUACUGUGUUGGCUUGAGGGCAUGUCUCAGGGUGGGAAUCUUGUGGGGCCAGGUGGCGUGAUGUCUGCCAGUGGAGGCACAUGCACCACUCAACCCUCCUGAGUCCUCCCACGUGUACCUCUGUGUUCAAGAGCACCAGCUGGGGGAGCCCCAAUACAAUUUCAUGCCAGGGUAGCAGAUCACUUCUGGCUCUAUGGUGGCAUUGGCAGCCCCCACUUAAUUCCUGUAGCCCUCAUGAGCCUGGGGUGGAGUUAGGUGCACGACAGGACCCAGGGUGCAGAGAGGAGCCUCUGCUUGGUUUACUUGCUACUGUUUUCUGAUGUAGUCAUGUCUUCACAUUAAGGGGAUGACUCUCUUACCACCUUUAAAACCACUGACUUUUGUUUUCCCUCAGCAAUGUGAAUCUCCUAGUUAUCGGGUGUCCCAACCCGAUGCUCCAAAGUGGCUAUUAAAGUGUGACCACAAUCGG